CUAAAUAGUACAACUUCCAAGCCGGGGUUCUAAAAAUAACCAACCCGAGCCAAACGAGGGUUGGCUCUGUUGCCAUAUACAUGUCACGUGACUAGCGGAAGCAGAUUUAUUGAAGACAUUUUAGUGCAAGAUGGCAGCGCUGUCGGGAGGAGGCGAUUCAGAUUCAGGUAAUGGAACUGAUCAAAUUCUAGAACUGGGAAAAACAUUACUGGCCGAUUUCAUCUACGAGCGGGUUUGUCGUCAUGGUGACAGCAGCACUCAGUUGUCAGUGACACGGACCCAGUUGGGCGGGAGUGAGCUGUGUGACCCCAACCAUAAAAAGCUGGCCCAGUGUCUGCAGCAGAUUGGCGACGAGCUUGAUGGCAAUGCACAGCUGCAAAGCAUGAUAAAUAACACUGCACUCCAGCCCAGCCAGGAGGUGUUCAUGAAAGUUGCCUGUGAAAUUUUCUCUGAUGGCAAGUUCAACUGGGGCAGGGUAGUGGCCCUCUUUUACUUUGCCUGCCGUCUUGUCAUCAAGGCUCUGUUGACCAAGAUUCCUGACAUCAUCAGAACCAUUAUAAGCUGGGCCACAGACUAUCUGCGGGAUCAUGUGAUCAACUGGAUCAGGGAGCAGGGUGGCUGGGAGGGUAUUCGUUCCUAUUUUGGCACUCCCACCUGGCAGACUAUCGGGGUGUUUCUGGCUGGAGUUCUAACCACUGUGCUGGUGAUCCGUAAGAUGUGAGGAGGAGCUUGAGAGGACAAAGGAUGAAGAGCCAGGGAUUUAGACUGGGUAUUAGAGGCGGGAUGAUGUAAUGCUAAAUGGGAGAAAAACCCAGUUUGGGACCUGGUAAACCUCUCCUAUUCUACCCUCCGUGCUCCCUGACUGGUGUCACAGCCAAGGUUCAUCUUACCUCCGUUCCCUUAAACCGCUGAAAAUGUGAGCAGCCCCUGACGGCACACACAGUAGAGAAGGAUGGACAGAUUUGGAGAGACUCAGCCAGGGCACAUUUUUCAGUUUAUUUAUUUUUUUUUGCAAACGAACAAUUCGCUGCAUGGCGUUAUAUUGUUUAUGUAUAGUAAGUCAUGAAGAAAUGUAAUAUUUCUGUCUGUUGGUUUGUUAUACGAUUCUCACGCUUUCAAUGUUUGUUGCACUUUCUUCUCUUCCACUGAGUCUCUCCUUUUUCCAGUCCGACCCUUCUGUCCAUCCAUCUCCAUCAUUUUUGUGGUAGUGUGCGUGCGUGCGUGCGUGCGCGUGCAUGCGUGUGUCUGUGUGUUCGUUCAGUUCUUGUAUCGCAGAUGCAACACUGCUUCUCACAUGUUUACCUCUCAGAGUGUUCAAAGUACUGUAUUCUAAGGUGGGCUAUUUAAAACUAAACCACACCACCUUCCUUUGCAAUCAUAUGCUCUUUUAUACACCUUGGUAAUGUGUAAACAAAUAAGGAACCUU